GCAGUGGCGGUUCUAUUGAGCAGAAGAGCAGCCGGGGCGGGGAGUCGGAGCCAGACGGGAGGGACGGGAGCGAUGCGCCGGGGCCUGGAGCGGCGGAACAGCCGGCAGCCUUAGUGGAAGAAGCGGCAUCCCUAGUACCCACACGGCACAGCUUUCCCCAGGGCGUUGUGCAGAACUAUGUACCUCUGGACCGGUGACUUAGCGUUACAGUGCCUCUCGCCCUCCUUGCUGCACGUUUAAAUUAGUCUUUUUAUAUCCGAGCAGCUGCUCUGCAGACACAUGCCAGAUUGUUCUCAUUCCCAGGAUUGCAUCUUUGAAGGCCAAACCCUCUUCAGCUUUUUGGCAACAAGAGAAGACCACGUUGGUGCAUUCACUUGAAAGAUUGGUGACCUUCUGCCCUCUACAUUGCCUCUUUUCCUAGUUGGUGCUGGCCCACCCCCUAGCUAUGGAACAGGGAAUGGACUACUGGCUGGGGCAGAUACAGCAGAAAGAUGUGGGCAAGAGACUCCAGGUUGGACCAGACUUGAUAGAAUACCUGUUGGAUAGACAGAAGUCUAUAGACCUGGAACAGGACCAGACUCUGCUUGAUAGAAUGGUCGAUGGACUUGCCACUUCCUGGGUGAAUUCUAGUAAUUACAAGGUGGCCUUGUUGGGCAUGGACAUUCUGUCGGCACUGGUUACCAGACUGCAGGAUCGAUUCAGAACACAGAUUGGCACAGUGCUGCCAAGUUUAAUGGACCGAUUAGGGGAUGCCAAGGACUCUGUGCGAGACCAAGACCAGAACCUCCUGAUAAAGAUAAUGGAACAAGCCUCCAACCCACAGUACAUGUGGGAACGCAUGUUUUCGGGAUUCAAGCAUAAGAAUUUCCGUACGCGGGAAGGAGUCUGCCUCUGCCUUAUUGCUACCCUCAAUGUGUAUGGAGCCAACAGUCUGACACUCAGUAAGAUUGUACCACAUAUAUGUAACCUGCUGGGGGAUCCUAAUAGCCAGGUCCGAGAUGCUGCAAUAAAUUGCCUCGUAGAGAUCUACAGACACGUAGGGGAACGUGUCCGAGCAGAUCUAAGUAAGAAAGGGCUGCCACAAUCACGACUGAAUGUAAUUUUCACCAAAUUUGAUGAGGUGCAAAAAUCAGGAACCAUGAUCCUCUCCACAACAGAUAAAAACUUUGAUGAUGAAGAUUCUGUUGAUGGCAACCGACCCUCAUCGGCCAGUUCUUCCGCCUCUUCUAAAGCCCCUCAAACUGCCCGAAGAGGGGUAAGCCUAGGGACUGGCCGCAGGCCAGGGACUUCUAGUGCUGCACCCAAGACAGGAGGAACUGCCAAAGAAGGAGCGGGAGCCCUGGAUGAGGAGGAUUUUAUCAGAGCGUUUGAAGAUGCUCCCACUGUCCAGAUCUAUUCAAGCCGAGACCUAGAAGAGUCCUUGAACAAGAUUCGAGAAAUCCUCUCUGAUGACAAGCAUGACUGGGAGCAGAGGAUCAGUGCUCUGAAGAAGAUCCGAUCUUUGCUUUUGGCGGGGGCAGCAGAAUAUGAUAAUUUCUUCCAGCAACUCCGCCUGCUCGAUGGAGCAUUUAAACUCUCUGCCAAGGACUUGCGCUCUCAGGUUGUACGGGAGGCCUGUAUCACCCUGGGACACUUAUCCUCAGUUCUGGGGAAUAAAUUUGACCAUGGUGCAGAAGCAGUCAUGCCAACAGUCUUCAAUCUGGUCCCUAACAGUACCAAAAUCAUGGCCACCUCUGGAGUUGUAACCAUCCGGCUAAUCAUACGUCACACACACGUCCCACGGUUGAUCCCCAUCAUCACCAGUAACUGCACCUCCAAGUCUGUUGCCGUUAGAAGACGCUGCUAUGAGUUUUUGGAUUUGCUUCUUCAAGAAUGGCAAACUCACUCACUCGAAAGGCAUGUAUCUGUGUUGGCGGAGACCAUCAAAAAGGGGAUUCAUGAUGCGGAUUCCGAAGCGAGGAUCGUCGCAAGGAAGUGCUACUGGGGAUUCCACGGUCAUUUCAGUAAGGAGGCAGAGCAGCUGUUCCACGCAUUGGAGUCUUCCUACCAGAAAGCCCUGCAGUCCCAUCUGAAGAACUCUGACAGUAUUGUCUCUUUGCCCCAGUCUGACCGUUCCUCCUCCAGUUCCCAGGAAAGCCUCAACCGUCCACUCUCUGCCAAAAGAAGCCCCACGGGAAGCACUGUGUCUAGAGCUACUUCCAAAUCCACCACUGGGUCCCUGCAGCGAUCUCGUAGUGACAUCGAUGUGAACGCAGCAGCCACUUCUAAAACGAAGGCAGCAUCUGGAGCCUCCACUGCCCCAUUCAGUUCUGUUGCCGCCCUGCCACCUGGAUCCUAUGCGUCACUGGAUGGUACCACAUCUAAACCGGAGGGUCGUAUUCGCACUAGAAGGCAGAGUUCCGGCAGCACCACCAGCACGGCCUCUACCCCAGCAGACACCCGUGGACGUAGUCGAGCCAAAGUUGUGUCACAGUCACAGCGAUCCAGAUCGGCCAAUCCUGCCAGUGCCGGAAGCCGGUCCAGCUCACCAGGAAAACUCCUGGGAAGUAGCUAUGGCGGGAUAGCAACUGGCCCACAGAGGGUCCCCCAGAUGCCCUCUGAGAAGAGAAGCAAGAUUCCCCGAAGCCAGGGGUGCAGCAGGGAGACCAGCCCAAGCAGGACUGUCUUAGCAAGGAGCAGCCGUAUCCCCCGACCCAGCAUGAGUCAGGGGUGCAGCCGCGAUACCAGCCGGGAAAGCAGCCGCGAUACCAGUCCUGCCCGGGGCUUUGCUCCUCUGGCCUCUCGACGUCAUUCCAGGUCCACUAGUGCCCUCUCCACCUCCGACUCUGUGGGGCAGUCAGAUCGUUUUGGGAUCAGCCAACCAGGAAGAAUCCCCUCAGCAAUGCGUGUGCUGAGUUCAAGCACAGAUCUGGAGGCAGCUGUGGCAGAUGCUCUGUUGCUGGGAGAUUCCAGAAAUAAGAUGAAGCCAGUUCGGAGGCGUUAUGAGCCAUACGGCAUGUACUCUGAUGAUGAUGCCAACAGUGAUGCAUCAAGCGCUUGCUCGGAGAGGUCCUAUAGCUCUAAGAAUGGCGGCAUCCCACACUACCUGCGCCAGACGGAAGAUGUGGCUGAGGUGCUGAAUCACUGUGCCAGCUCCAACUGGUCUGAGAGAAAGGAAGGACUCGUUGGACUGCAGAACCUGCUCAAGAGUCAGAGGCUGCUUAGCCGGGUGGAACUGAAAAGGCUGUGCGAAAUCUUCACCCGGAUGUUUGCUGAUCCUCACAGCAAGAGAGUUUUCAGCAUGUUCCUGGAGACCCUUGUGGACUUUGUUAUUAUUCACAAAGACGACCUGCAGGACUGGCUCUUUAUCCUCCUGACCCAGCUGCUGAAGAAAAUGGGCGCUGACCUGCUGGGCUCUGUCCAAGCCAAGGUGCAGAAGGCAUUGGAUGUGACAAGGGAUUCCUUCCCGUUUGACCAGCAGUUUAACAUCCUCAUGAGAUUCAUAGUGGAUCAGACCCAGACUCCCAAUCUCAAGGUGAAAGUUGCCAUAUUGAAGUAUAUUGAGUCCUUGGCCCGACAGAUGGACCCAACAGACUUUGUCAACUCCAGUGAGACGCGUCUGGCUGUUUCCAGAAUCAUCACUUGGACAACUGAGCCAAAGAGUUCUGAUGUCAGGAAGACCCUGAUUAAGUGGGACGACUUACCUGCCAGGCCCAGUUCGGCACCCUCAGGGCUUGCAGAUGGGAGCCUGGAAGAGAAGUGUAAACAGGCGGCACAGGUUGUCUUAAUCUCUCUGUUUGAGCUGAACACCCCAGAGUUCACCAUGUUACUGGGGGCUCUACCCAAAACCUUCCAGGAUGGGGCCACAAAACUCCUGCACAACCACCUCAAGAACUCAAGCAACAGUAGCAUGGGAUCCCCAAGCAACACCAUUGGCAGAACUCCUUCCAGACACUCCAGCAGCCGAGCCAGUCCACUAACAUCGCCCACCAACUGUUCCCAUGGCGGCCUCUCUCCCAGCAUGCUGGAUUAUGACACUGAAAACCUGAACUCUGAUGAAAUCUAUAGCUCCCUCCGAGGGGUGACCGAGGCCAUCGAGAAGUUCAGCUUCCGCAGCCAAGUAGAUCUCAAUGAGCCUGUGAGACGGGACGGCAAAAAGGAAAGUGAAAUGGGGUCCUGCGAUGCUGGAAUGGCUUCUCCAGCCAGUGAUCUACGAGGGGGCACAGACAUGGUGGAAGGAGGUAGAAUGGCGCUUGAUAACAAGACUUCCCUGCUGAACACUCAGCCGCCUCGGGCAUUCACAGGACCCCGUGGGAGGGAAUACAACCCUUACGCCUAUUCCGACUCCAUUAACAGCUACGAUAAGACUGCACUAAAGGAAGCUGUGUUUGAUGAUGACAUGGAUCAGCUGCGUGACGUACCCAUUGACCAUUCAGACUUGGUGGCCGACCUUCUCAAAGAGCUGUCCAAUCACAACGAGCGGGUGGAGGAGAGGAAAGGUGCCCUUUGUGAGCUGCUGAAGAUCACGAGAGAAGACAACUUGGCCGUUUGGGAGGAACAUUUCAAGACCAUUCUACUCCUCCUGUUGGAAACACUGGGUGAUAAAGAUCACGCAAUUCGCGCCUUGGCAUUGAGGGUACUGAGAGAAAUCCUGCGCAACCAACCGGCCCGGUUUAAGAAUUAUGCUGAGCUGACCAUAAUGAAGACACUGGAAGCCCAUAAGGACUCUCAUAAAGAGGUAGUGAGAGCUGCAGAAGAAGCAGCAUCAACUCUGGCCGGGUCUAUCCACCCUGAGCAGUGCAUUAAGGUUCUGUGCCCCAUCAUCCAGACAGCCGACUACCCCAUAAACCUCGCUGCCAUUAAAAUGCAAACAAAAGUCAUUGAGAGGAUUUCCAAGGAGUCUCUGCACCAGAUCCUCCCUGAUAUCAUUCCAGGCUUGUUACAGGGCUACGAUAAUACAGAGAGCAGCGUCCGCAAGGCAAGUGUCUUCUGUCUGGUAGCCGUCUACUCUGUGAUUGGAGAAGAGCUGAAACCAUACCUUGCGCAAUUGACUGGCAGUAAGAUGAAGCUGCUGAACCUGUAUAUAAAGAGAGCACAGACAACAAACAGUAACAGCAGCUCCUCAUCGGACGUCUCCACACACAGUUAGAGGAUGUGCUGACACCAGGAUUGCUUUUCAAGAUGGGUGGAGAGGAGGAAGCGCCUGCACCUCCCGUGCACACUGGUUUCGCUCAUCGGUCUGCCAUCGCAUACCUUCAACACUAAAGAAAAUUCACACCUUUAACGCUGGAGAGGCCAUAGUGAUCGUUGGUGCCCAGGGUUGAACUGCCUCAGUCUUGGAUCUUCUGAUUAGGGGCCCAGCAAGCUUGGGGUAACUCCAUGCUCAGCAGUGCCUCAACCUCCCUUCUCCACAGCUCCGCCUCCUCAUAUCUCAUGCAAUCAGUAUUUCAUUUUAAACAUUUGGAUUUUUUUUUCUUUGGAGGGGGGAGGGGGGAUUGAAUAUAAAAGACGGCACGGAUUUUGCCUUGGCCCCUGUAAGGUGAUGAUGAAAAGUAGAUAAAAGUGGCAUGGCGACCCACUGGUGCUAUGAUUGGCAUCACAGGCAGCUUACGUUGUGCACGCUGCAUCCAUUUGUUUUGCGGUUUUAUGUUGUAAAUAUUAAGAAAUUAUUUUACAGCUCCUGGCAACCCCAUUGGAUUUCUUUUAGGCUCAGAUUAUUCAGUAUUUUUUCUGUUGCCAAUCAAAUCACUCCGUGUGUUUCUGAUUGGUUUUUCUGUUCCCAGUGGAACGAUUCACAAAUGGACCCAAUGUUGGGGGUUGGCAGUACUGUGAAGUGGGUUAUGGUUAAUUUUCCUCUGCCACAACAUGGCACCACGUUUGCGCCACCAUUUUUAAAUUCUGUAAAUGUAUUUAUUUGGCAUUGUUGCUUUUAACCUUUCCCAGUUACCUGAACUCUCCUGCGCCUCCCUGCUGGGUACUGUGGCCACUACUUCUGCCCUCUCACUCACCCCCCAUUAUCUCCGCUAUAGCCCCCCCAGGAAACAAGAAUUAUGAAUAAACCCUUGUCAUGGCUUGUGCAGUCUCUGUGCCAGGAGCGGAGAGGAGCAUACUGGCAUCACCAACCCACAGGGAAUUUUGCAGCCAAUAAAUAAAUAUGAUAUGAAUAUACUUGUUCUCUGGGCAAAUAUACCGUCUGCUGUCUUUAAUGAAUCCAUUCCCAGGAGCCCCAUGUACUCCUCUAUGCACUGUUUCAGCCUGUCUAGUCCCUAUUGGUUAAUAGCAUGAAGUAAAAUCCUUUAGGAAUGAAAUGGCAGAAUUUUAUAUGAUUUUAUUAGUGCUACGAAGCAAACUCAACCGUCGCUGAGCAGAUCGGCAGCCACUUACCCUGACUGGCCCAUUCUGACUUCUAGAAACCAGUGUUGGACUUAUGAACAUGUUUAUUACUUCAACAUUCACCACUGAGCAGAUUAUCCAGUGUCACAGAAAAACUGCCCCCCAUCCCAGUAUUCCAGCAGUCAUUCUGCAGGUCAAGAAGCAAUUACCCUGUCCCCUAUAUUAUAAAGGUAGGAUCAGCCCCCCACCCAGCUGCAUACGCCUCUGUUACAUAUGGAUUUCCUAGCACUGAUUCCGUAAUUGUCUCUACCAACAGGAGAGGAACCAAUAGUUUACCCCUAAGAGAGAAGUCCUUAUUGAAACCCCUUUGCAGGCCCCCCCCCCCCAAAAAAAAAAAGAAGAGCGUGGCACCGGCAUCCCUCCAGCUCAUAGGAGCUCAAGUGUUUUGGGUUAGAGUCUCUGCAACGGGCAACCUGCCAUAUCCACUCUCCUCCUCAUAGUGGCUUACCAGUGUCUUAAUAGUGAUUGGUGUUCAGUAAGCCACGCCUAGUUCCUGAAGCACUCAGCAGUCUCGCUGGUCUCUAUGACCUAAUGAACAAACUGAUGGAGUAGGACAGACACUUGUUACCUAAGAGAAGUUUGUUUCUGCUGAUGGAAAUAAAUAAAUUAUACAUAAACAGAAAAUAACUUCUUUGUGGUGCCCUCCAUGCUUCCUGCCUGUAGGCACUCCACAUCCCUCUCAUUUAAAGUACCGUAGUUCCUACUAUAGUCAUGAGGAUCUCUCGGCUAUAUGUGUAUUGGUUGCCUAGGGUCAGGGUAAGAGCCUUCUUUUUAUUGGCUACUAACAACUGAUUGACAGACAUGUUAAGUUGCAGCCUCAUUCCUGCGUCCCCUUCCAUUGUUUUGUCAUGACUGGCCAAUGGGGAGCCUGCAAUCUUUAAAAGCCAAGAUGGGUUAGACUUGUAAAAAAAAGGGUCAAUGUGCAGACAUUUUUUUUAUCACCCCUCCCCCAUGUCUUCAUUUUGCUUUUUUCAUGCUUCAUAUCUUGCUGUAUUUAUAUCCUGAUUGACUUUUCCGUGUAUCAUGGCAAUUGUACAGACUUUCCUUUCAGUUACUUUUGUUGCGUUAACCUGUAUGUGAUAGAAUUUGCUAAAAAAGAAAAUUAACUGAAAAAUGAGGGAAAAAAAACCGACCCUGAGUUUUGCUUUAGAAUAAAUUAAAUUUAUGUUUAA